UUGAGUUUUCACUUUCAUUUGGCUGCUAUGAUCUGUUAUUCUAUUUACAAAGUUUUCUGCUCCUAGAGUUGGAUACUUGGAUGUAAAUAUCCAUUCCUAUAUAUAUAUAUAUAGAAAGAGAGAGAGAGAGUUGCACAUAAGGAGACGUGUUUGGAAAAUUUUAAAUUUUAGAUUUCUAAUGGUUGGUGGAGUAGUCAGCUCACUUAUUUUGUUUUCUUAAGCGGUGGAAUUUGAAUUUUGUCUUGUAUGCGUAGUAACUUAUUGGUAUGUGACAAAUUUUUAAAUGGAACUUAGAUCAGUUGUGGAUUAGAUUAGUCUUUCGCCGUGGGAAAUAAAAAAAAAAGUUAUCACAUUCUCUACUAGUUAAGUUUAGGUUCCAAAUAAAAAGUAUAUGAGUUUACUUUUACGAUUUAAAUUGAUCUAAUUUGUGCAAGUUCCAUGACUUUGGGUGAACUCUCGAGUUUGAUUGCCUUGGAAGUUAUCAGAGGGGGAUUAGGUAUUCUUAGGUGGAGACACGGUUUGGUUUUAAUUUUUUUCAACACGAAACCGAUGGGGAAAAGGAAAUCAAGGAAGAAGACUGCAGCGCCAAAGAAGAAGAGAGAAAAGCUUGAAACUGUUUUCAGUUGCCCCUUCUGCAACCAUGAGAACAGUGUUGAGUGUCAUAUCUGUGAUGGGUUCAGUGAUAUGAAGAAUAUGAUCGGUGAGCUUGCAUGUAGGAUAUGUCAGGAGAGUUUCAGCACAGCCAUCACAGGUAAAUUGAAUGCUUUGAGUGAACCAAUAGAUAUAUACAGCGAGUGGAUUGAUGAGUGUGAACGAGUGAACAAACUUGAAGAGGAGGGAGAGGAAGCAUAGGAAAAUCGACUUCGUUUUUUUUUUAGUAAAUUUUGUAAAUGGGAUCUUAGUUCCUUAAUCGUAUAGUUAUAGACUUACAGAAGGUUGUUAGUUGUUACUCAAGAAUAAUUAAGUCUUAUGCGGAUCGUAUGGACCUUUGUAAAAAUAGUGUGCUAUUUUAGUUUUCAAUGUAUAUGGUGGGAUAUUAAAAUUAAUUAAAAAGUUGCGUUUUAUUUUUGUAA